GAUAAUGGCGGAUGUUUGUGUAGUUCGAUUCUGCACAUUGGAAGCCUUCUAAUUAAUGUCUACUUUUGUCGAUUCUGUAAUUUCAGCGUGUAAUUAUGGACCAAGAAUGGUAGUUUUUCUUCUUCAGGAAUGUUGCUCACUAGUUCACUGAGGUGAAAUUUCCACAGUCUUGCUGCCUGGACUCACUGAAAAAGUCAAGUUCAAGGGACCCCCAGGCCAGGGGCCUGGACAUUGUGAUUGUGAUACCUGGUCCAAGCUGAACCGGUUCGUGCACAGGCACCAUGGGACUGCUCUCCUUCUUCUUCUGCACCAUUCGACUGUGUAUAGACACAGUAUCCUUUCUGCUGGACUUGAACUUCUGGGUGAUGCACUCUUUGAUCCGCCUGCUGGCGGCUCUCUUCUCAUUCUUGAACGGCCUUCCCUCUCUGUUGACUGGCGCCCUGGCCCAAUGCUGGUACACGGCUGCGUUCUGUGUGCUGGCCCUGGCUGAGGGGAUGUCAUCCACUGCUCAGGGCUCUGCCCGUGUGCUGGGGGACUGGCUGAGGCUCCUGAGCGGAGUGACUGAAGGCUUCAAGAUGGUGUCCAACCUGUCGGUGCAUGUCCUGCUUCGGGCCAGGGAGGUUCUCCAACGCGUUGAGCUGUGGUGCUGCUCUGCACUGUGGCAGCUGUGGGAGGCCUGCAGCAUUGCCUUCAGCCUGGCACUCUACCUACUCAACACCAUCCUCAAUGUCCUGCUGCUGGGUGUGCAGAGCGUGUGCUCGGCAGUGGUCAGCCUCUGGGAGAUGGUGUGUGGCUCCCUGCAUUGGACCCUGGACCUGGCCCUGACUCUGUCUGCCCUGCUGUACAGCGGCCUGGCAGGGACCGCUGCGCUUCUGUGGAAACCCCUGAACAUGACACUAGAGUUCCUCGGCUCCUUGGGCCGCAUUUUUGUAAGCGUGUUUCUGCUGGACUUGUAUGGCCUGGCAUUUACUUUUGCCGUGCUGGCUACAGCUGCGCUCUACUUGAGCCCUCGACCAAUCCGCCGUGCCUUCUACUACAUUGACAUGGCUCCCGUGCUGCGGCGCCUGCAGGAGGCACUGCACAGCCUGCACUUCCUUGCAUUGGAGCACUCCCAUGCUAUCGCAGAGCUGUAUGCACGACAGAGGGCUGCAUGGGGGGGCAGCCAUAUGAGGUGGAGGAGGGGGAGGAACAUAGCUAGGGAUGGUUCCAGGCGUCACCUUGAAGAGGGCAACCAAGCUGCUGCCCAGCCUGCACUCGAUAUGGAUCCAGGACCCUCAGUGGGUGUAAGGACACAGUGGAAUCCCUCUCUGGGCAACAGCCAAACUGAGGAUGACUUGAAUACAGCACCCUGCUCCAGCAAGGAAAGGCCCCAGCAGGGGUCCUCUUCUGAGGAGGACAGUCCACUUAGCAGACCCACUGCUGACACCUUGCUCACUCUAUUACAAGAGCAAGAGGAGCGAAAGCGAUGCGUCGUCUGCCAGGACUGCGCCAAGACUGUGGUGCUGCUGCCCUGCCGCCACCUGUGCCUCUGCCGUGGCUGUGCCCAGAUGUUGCUACGCUUACCUGUCUACCAGCACAAUUGCCCUCUCUGCCGCCAUAUGAUCCUGCAAACUGUGGAUGUCUACCUCUGAAGCUCAGGGCUUCUCUGUUGGGGAAGGUCAAGGCACUCGCUCUAGCCUUGUGUGACUAAUCAUUUCUUAAUCUCAGGUGUAAAAAGCCCUCCUCCUUGGCUCCCUUUGUUCAGAGCCUCUUCAGUCCAAUCUUCUGCCCAUUCCCCUGUGCUAGUCUGCAUCUGUGUGCAUUGUUCAGUGAAGAAUCAUGAUAGAUGACAAUGCACAAUGUUUUGCCUAAAGUGUGCGUGUGUGCUGUGAUUGUGCAGACAUGGUUCUUUCUACGUUAAAUAAUCUUUGGCCUCAGCAUUCAUAUCCCUGGGUUUGCACUUCAUGUUUACAUUUUUCUGAUCAAAAUUAUCAGAGCUGUCAUAUAAACCUCGCUUCUUUUUGAAGUGUCAAUGAAAUUCUGAUUUGCAAUCCAAUCAAAAACCAAAAAGGAACACAGGCACACAGCAACAGGAGCAAACAUGUUCUGAAGUUUUGUAGGCCUGUUUAUAAAUAAAG